UUGCAUUCUUACUGUUAUUUAAGACGAAGGCGUUCGAAAUACGUACACAGAUAACACUAAAUUAGAGCUGUGUCAUAUCCUCUUAGAUUUUAUCAUACUGUCUCAGAUUUCCGACAAUAUUAAACACAGCAGUGAGAAAUGAGAGUAUAUAUAUUGGAAUUCCUUGCUCACUCUUUCUAGUAGAAACCUGUUUGAGUUGGACGAACUAGACUCAAUACCAUCUAACUGAAUUCUCUUGGACAUUUAUCUGAUAAACUAAUUUAAUAAAAUUUCCGUGAAUCAACAAUAAUUUAAUCUUCCUUCUUAAUAAAACGUAUAUCAAAACCUUUAUAAGAACACAAGUAAUUACACCUUUGCCUCGUAAAUUAUUCGUAUAAAAGAUUCAAAAGGAAUUACAUUUUUUAAAGCUUCUUAACAUAUGCUACUCGAUAAUAAAGUAGAACUAAUAUCAAAUAAAAAACAUUAUCAAAUACAUUAUAAAGGAAAAGGAAGUUAGAAGAAGUAAAACAUAUCAGGUUGGAACAGUGACGAGAUAAAGUUACAGAAUGAAUAUGUUAAGCUGUAUCGUUACCCUGCUGGCAAGUGUGUAUAGCGUAAGGAUGUACCCGACAGAUGACCUGCCACUGUACCCGGACUAUCUGGUAGAAAAUGAUUACCCUGAUACCUUCUAUGAUCAAGAUGUAUUUCUGCCUUAUACUUCUUACCAACCAUCACCAAAUUUGUAUCCAGGAUUUGCACUUUCAAAACGCCAAGAACAACACAAUGUUAAAGUUAACAAACGAGCGACCCUUAACCAGCUUUUAAGACGCCUUAUUGCCUUAUAUGGAAACAAUGACAUAGCUUUCUCCGGCAGAUCUUCUCAUGUGCGUUUUGGCGCCGGUGGCCGAUGACGUCAUCCGUUGCUAAACAGUGCAACACAUUUCAGCAUGUGAUAUAUUACAGCGCGCCUUUAGAUAACCUUUUAUCAUUUUUUUGUUAUAUGAACAUCUCCUUUUUUCAUUCAUGGAGAAACAUUUACAUGAAGCUACUUAUGAUAGACUAAAUGGAACCGCCGAUUGAACCAAUUUUUCACAACCAUGUACGGUUCAAUAAAUAUCAUAUGAAAACAUUGAUACCAGCAUGGAUCCAAAAAUGUUGAAACAGGGAUAAUAUUUUAAGGGAGACCAAUAAUUGUUUUGAACAAAUAAAUCCAAAUUACAGUG